AGAACAUUCUCCCAGCUUGGAACUCCCAUACAGGUCGCCGAAUCGGAUACAACGGCCAAGAUCCGUCCAGAUACGUCAAAGCCAAUACCGACGGAUAUUGCGGACGGGGCGAACCUAAGUCCAUGCCGCAAACACCUCACCGUGCGUCAAACUGGAUGAAUAAAGUGCUUACUGCGUCUUCCAAAGGAUCCUCCCCACUUUCCCAUACCCUUGUGCGCGAGCGGGGAACCGGUGGAGUCGAUAUCCGGGGUAACGGGCGAAUGCCGCGGAAAUCUCCUCUUGCCUUGUGAUUACAUGACGCCAUAAGAAUGCAGGGGAUCUCCUGGCGAUAGGAUAAAUUAUCGUGUGGCGAUACACAUCCUCCAGUCUGCAAAUGUAACUAUCCAUUAAUUCUUCCCUUGUCUCUUUUUCUACCGUGCGCAAAACAAGUCAUACUAUCCAUCAUGGCGUUCCACCAAUUUGCAAGCAGUCUAGACAAAGACUACCCCUGGACCUCCUCUCCACUCAUCGCCUCAGCACCGAUGGCCAAAGUCGCGAAGCCUGAGCUGGCAGUAGCUGUUUCCAAAGGCGGCGGCCUAGGCUUCAUCGCAGCAGGAUACACAAGCGAUAACCUCGAAGACCUGCUCGAAGGAGCCACCCAACUUCUCAAAAAAGGCGACAACACACUCACCCCAGCACAAGCCAAUCCAGCCGAUCCAACUAUCCUCCCUGUCGGAGUAGGAUUCAUAACCUGGAGUGCCUCCCUCAAGACAGCCAUACCCGCGUUACGAAAGUACUGCCCCUGUGCUGUCUGGCUGUUCGCUCCUCCAACGGGCUUCCAUGACCUCGCCACCUGGGCGACCGAGAUCAGGGCUGCUACGUCUCAGAGGACCAAGAUCUGGGUACAAAUCGGCUCAGUGGCAGACGCUGUCGAAGUGGUCACUCACGUCGCGCCGGAUGUCCUUGUCGUGCAGGGCUGUGACGCGGGCGGGCAUUCGCUAGCGCGCGGGGCGAGUAUCGUUUCGCUUGUCCCUGAGGUACAUGAUAAGCUUCGGGAACUUCGGCCGAAAGCCCGGAACCCUAUCCGACUGGUCGCAACCGGAGGUAUCAGCGACGGACGGGGCGUCGCUGCUGCGAUUAUGCUCGGUGCUGAGGGGUGUGUCCUGGGAACUAGAUUUCUGGCCAGCCCUGAGUCGCUUAUUGCGGAGGGAUAUCAGAAGGAGGUUUUGAGGGCGUCGGAUGGCGGGGUGAGUACGGUUCGGACGACGAUAUAUGAUAAAGUGCGCGAUAUACAUGGGUGGCCGGAUUCAUACGACGGGCGGGGGCUUAUUAACCGGACGUAUACAGAGGCGGUUGAUGGUCUCGGUGAGGACGAGAAUCGGGAGCUUUAUCUGGAGGAGUUGGAGAAGGGAGAUCGGGGAUAUGGACCGGAAGGUAGACUUACUACUUAUGCUGGGACAGGUGUUGGCUUGGUCAAAAGGGUCAUGCCGGCGAGGGAGAUUGUUAUCUCUAUCCGAGAAGAGGCUAAUCAGAUUCUGGGAAAAGCUCUACAUCGGUCGAAAUUGUGAUACAUGGUGGAGCCCAUUAGUAGCAGCAUCAAGUGUUCAUUAGCAAUAGUAUUUUAGCAUGUUGAUUUAUAUCACUAUGUGAAGUAUUGUAUGGGAAGCGUGUCUUGUUGGAUGGAACAGGCUGUUGGCUUUAGUACUGACAGAUUUCGAAUAUAAUUCCGCAGGUACUGGGUAAUUUUGCAUAGGCACUUUUCAAUCAGUCCACUAAGUAUACGAAAUAGUAAGUCAGAAAUAGCAAUGGUUGAAUCACUCGUCCUGAGACUCAUACAACCAAAAUGGCCCGAAGCAUUUAUCAUGUACUUUAUGUCCUCAAUCCAGG